CCCUUGAGCUGAAGGAGAGAGCGGCGGCAAGCACGCGCCUUCGUGGGCGAGGAUGACGUUGGCCUUCAAAAAUUGAGAGGAAAAAAUUAGAAAUGCGGAAUUAAUUCCCCCCCUCCUAGUUAUUCGCAAAUAUUUGUUGUUUGUUGCCAGCGAGGAGAAUCUCUUUUGGCGGCUGAUGUUGAUUUAGAGGGCGGUAUUUUUUGAGAGAGAGAGAGAGAGAGAGAGGGAGAGCGCGAGCGAGGGGGCCGGUGUCUCUCGCGCUUGCCUCGCGCAGCCUCACAGAAGCUCGUGAAAGAAACACAAGGACGGUUUGCUUCCACGUCUGUCGCCUAUUUUCGGGAUUUUCUGGAUAAACAACGCCGUGAUCGAUGCGAGGCCUUCUAACGGAUAUCCGCCGCUGAUAUAACGCCCGUGCUUUUUUUCCGUUUUUGUCGUCCCCCCCCCUUCAGCGGAGCGUUCGUUGGAUUCGUUAUGAAUUCCAGCCCGCUUCCUAACGGCAGACUGCUGCCGGACAGCCAGAGCUGGAACUCCUCCGGUUCCGACGAGGACCUGGACGUCGAACCGGGACCCGGUCCGCACGGAGGGGUGGCGGAAUUCGGCGGGGUGCUCAGCAAGUGGACUAACUACAUUCACGGAUGGCAGGACCGCUGGGUCGUGCUGAAGAACAACACCUUGAGUUACUACAAAUCCCAGGACGAACGCGAGUAUGGCUGCCGUGGUUCCCUCUGCCUGAGCAAGGCUGUCAUCACACCUCAUGAGUUUGACGAGUGCCGGUUGGACAUCAGCGUCAAUGAUAGCGUGUGGUAUCUACGUGCUCAGGACCCAGAGCAUCGCAACCAAUGGAUCGAUUCCAUCGAGCAACACAGAGCCGAGUCUGGUUAUGGCUCCGAGUCCAGUUUGAGGAGACACGGCUCCAUGCUGUCCCUCACAUCAGCCACCAGCGGAUACUCGGCCACCUCCACCUCCUCCUUUAAGAAGGGCCACAGUCUGCGGGAGAAGCUGGCAGAGAUGGAGACGUUUCGAGACAUCCUGUGCAGGCAGGUGGACACCCUGCAGAAGUACUUCGACGGCUGCGCUGACGCCGUGACCAAAGACGAGCUCCAGAGAGACAAGAUCGUGGAGGACGAUGAAGACGGUUUCCCUACCACUCGCUCCGAUGGAGAAUUCCUGCAUAACAACAACGGCAGCAAGGAGAAACUAUUCCAGUGUCUGAGUCAUAAAGGCAUUAAUGGGAUAGAUUUUAAAGGAGAGGCCAUCACAUUCAAGGCGACCACGGCGGGGAUCUUGGCUACGCUUUCUCACUGCAUCGACCUGAUGGUGAAGAGAGAGGACAGCUGGCAGAAGAGACUGGAUAAGGAGAUGGAGAAGAGGAGGAGGGUGGAGGAGGCGUAUAAAUCGGCCCUGUCCGAGCUGAAGAAGAAGUCUCAUUUUGGAGGGCCGGAUUACGAGGAGGGUCCAAACAGCCUGAUCAAUGAAGACGAGUUCUUUGACGCUGUGGAGGCCGCUCUGGACCGGCAGGACAAAAUAGAAGAACAGACUCAGUGUGAGAAGAGCAGGAUACAGAGGAGCAGUUCAGUGCCUUCAGGAGACAUCUUCUCCAGCGUCGGCUCUCACCGGUUCGCCGAGAAGCCCCCCUCUCGUCCUUCCUCUCCCUCGUCUUCUGCUGUAGCCUUCGCUCCUUCGCUCCACGAGCACAGAUUCAGUGCUGAGGUGGAGGAGAUGGUUCAGAAUCACAUGACCUACUCGCUGCAGGACGUGGGCGGAGACGCUAACUGGCAGCUGGUGGUGGAAGAGGGAGAGAUGAAGGUGUACCGGCGCGAGGUGGAGGAGAAUGGGAUCGUGCUGGACCCUCUGAAGGCCACACACUCUGUCAAAGGGGUCACGGGUCACGAGGUGUGCCACUACUUCUGGGACACGGAUGUCCGUAACGACUGGGAGACUACUGUGGAAAACUUCAACAUUGUGGAAACGCUGUCCGAUAACGCCGUCAUCAUCUACCAGACUCACAAGAGAGUGUGGCCGGCGUCCCAGAGAGACGUCUUGUACCUGUCUGCCAUCCGGAAGAUUCUAGCCAAUAACGAGAACGAUCCAGACACGUGGCUCGUCUGCAACUUCUCGGUCGAGCACGAGAAUGCCCAGCCAAACAACAGAUGCGUUCGUGCUAAAAUCAACAUUGCGAUGAUCUGCCAGACGCUGGUCAGUCCACCAGAGGGAGACAAGGAGAUCAGCAGAGACAACAUCCUGUGCAAAAUCACAUACGUGGCCAACGUGAAUCCUGGCGGCUGGGCCCCUGCGUCCGUCCUGAGGGCCGUCGCUAAGAGAGAAUAUCCCAAAUUCCUCAAACGCUUCACUUCCUACGUCCAGGAGAAGACCGCUGGAAAGCCCAUCCUCUUCUGAGCAGCUCCCCAGUUCGGCCGUGGGUGUGCUCGACUCCUUCAGUUUGUGCACACUCCUCUAGCUCCUCAGAAGACUCCUCGCGUCCCUCUCCAGACUGUUCUGAAUCCCGCUGUCGUCACAGGAAGCCCAGCGGCGGCCAUCGCUAGACGCUUGAUGCCGUUCUGUAGCGCCACGCUAGCUCACACAGACAGAGGACUAGAGACGCCAAACGCCAAUGUCUGUCCCACCUUUUCUGGCAGAGAUCUAUAUUGAUAUGAAUAUAUAUGUAUGUAUGUAAGUAAGUGAGAUGACAAGUUUAUAUAUAACAAAGAGUUUUGAAGCUGAACACGAGACCGGCUCUGUUUUAGUCUUGUUUUUUGUUCCCCCCCACGUUUUGAACAAACGCUUCGCUUUCGCCGUCCUCGUAGAGUUGUUCUUUGGCGAGGGCCUGUUGGCGAGUGAACUCUAUGAACCUGCCGUUCGUCUGGACGUCGGCCGUCUCUUUUAUGAAGCGCAGGAUGUGCCGCUGACGAGGAGACGCUUCGUUUCUCUCUUGAUUUCGUUCUGUCCGUGUCUCAGCAGCUGAUAUACCGUAGCACAAAUCCAGAUCGAUCGUGACCGCCUGAAAUUUGUAAAACAUCAGCGCGCAGAUUAUUUGUAUAUAAUUUCAUUAUUGCUUCAGAUCGUCAGUCGAUGCUUUUACCUGACUAAUCCGACUCCAUAUGCCUUAGUGUGUGUGUGUGUGUGUGUGUGUGUGUGUGAGACUGAGAGGUGUGUACCGACUCAAACAUUUCUAGAAAAGUGCCUCAUUAUUGAUCUUGCUGAUCGUACCGCCCGUGUUCAUUACAAACCAACCUGGAGUCCUGUGGUGUUUAUACAAAGAUCAUUUGAUAUUGAUUUCUUACCUCAAGUUAUUAUUUAAAAAAAAAAAAUGAGUCAUCAGAAGAGCAUCCUCUUAUUGGAGGAGCCCGGACGCCGAUCAGAUUCACUGUCCAAUAGGGAGAUGCGGUUUAAAUUAGGGGCGCAGGUGAUGCUUAGUUGUAGAUCAGGUAGAAUUAGUUGCGUUUAUUUAUUAUUUUUGGAUUUUUAAAAAGUAAAUCAAGCAUUAGUAAACAAUCUCAAAAGGCACAAGCUGGCAAAAUAUGUUCGUAUUUUUGUCUCAUUUCCCAGUAAAAAUAUCUGCAAAUUUUUGAGUCGAGAUUUGAUUUUUACAUUUACAGCUUAAACAAAAAAACUAAAUUUUUCCCCUUUUAAUUAAAUAUUCACUGGUAUUUUUCUUGAUUUAAGAUGAACUAAUUUUGGUCUGUUUUUCAGAAAAGGUUUGCAUUUUGCAUCUGCAGUUUAAAAUGCAUUUCUUAAAAUGUUAGAUAUCUUGUUAAUUCUGGAAAAAAAAUGGUUUCCCUGUGAAAUGUAUUUUUUAGCCCACUGACAAAUAUGUAGCUCAUUUACAUUAAUUUGUCAGAAAAUGCAUACAUUUUGCAUCUACAUUAAUUAAAAUGACACGGUCAAAUUUAAUAUAUCAGUGGGGAAAAACAUGUUUUCCUUGUAAUUAUAUAUAUAUAAGUAUGUUGGAAAAUUAUAUUUUCACUUAAUUUUAAUAGUUCAGAAAAAGUCCAAUACAUUUUUGCAGAUUUUUUUUCUUAGAUAUUAAUACUGGAAAACAAAACAAAAAAAAUGAGCAAGAAACCCCUUUUUUGCCAAACGACAAGAGCUUUUACCUUUUUUUGCAAAACGUUUUCAUUAGUCGAGCUGUUCCCAUGACAGACUGUUAAAGACGACGAGUAGAGCAGGCGCGCGACUACAUCCGGGUACAUCCCGUUCAUAAAACGCCACCCUCGUACAACUUAAACAUUCCAGACACUCGCGGAACGAAUGUACGAAUCCACCGGAGAGAACGCGUGCAGCUGAACGUGUCGCACCUGACCCCCGGACAGGUGAGCGUUUAUCGGUGGAAGCAGCCAAUCAGGAGAGGCGUUCUGCUCGCGUGCGCGCGCGCGUCUGACAGUCCGGUGUGUUAUUAGUUGCAUUUGCACUGAAUGUAAUGUCGUUGGGGUUCAGAUGUUUCGUGUACAUAAUAACGUCACACUAAAGGUGUCAGGAUGAACUUGUACUGUGAAUAGAGGGCGGCGUCUCGGCCCUGUGUAGAGAGGAAUAAAAUGAUCGACAUCUUUCUGCAA